ACUACAAGUUCCAGGUUGCCAUGAGGGAGCCCAUCUGGCAAUGUCCAUAUCGAAUUCAUCUAGAUGCUCGAGGCAUCUCGGUCUCGUCCCCUUGAUAUCCACCCGUCCGCCAGGUACGACGAAGCUUUACCUCGAUACCAGAAAGCACACUUCUAGCUUCAACACCCCUGGAUUUGUACUGUCAGACACCGUGAAAGUAGCUGCACCACAAUGACAUCUCCUAGGCCGGAAAACGGCAGUCGAGUGAGAGCCUGGGACUAUGACUUCAAGUGGACGCCAACACAUUGCACAGCCGCGGAACUGCGGCCCCUGGUAUUCUCCUACGACGAGCUUGCCACCAGAUGCCUCGACCGUUUUGAUCACUUACUAGGUCCAUCUGCGCGAGCGAAGAGCAAGACUGGUAAAGAGGGAGCUGCCAAUGCAUGUGCCCAUAGUGGAUUUCCAGACUUGUACGAGCUCCUCAGGACGCGCGCCCCAGAAGAUGACACCCUCCAGGAGCUCUGGGACCAGGUCAACACUGUCCCUUACUGGGUCGACUGGGAUCAGAUAGAGCGCGGCCAGAGAGUUUUCUACCGCUACGCGGGACCGUCCGUAGUCGGGCUCAUCUUCCAGUCCCUUCUCGGCGGGCUGGCGUCCGCGCGCAUCGUCGAAACACUCACCCGCACAGGGGGCUUCGGCGUGUGCGUCGCGCGCCGGCGGCUGCUGGAAACCUCGCAGCACAUCCUCGACGUGACCGACUCUCUCCCUUCCAUCCAGCCCGGCGGCAAGGGCUUCGCCUCCUCGAUCCGCGUGCGCUUCCUGCACGCCUCGGUCCGGCGGCGCAUCCUGGCCCUCGCGCGGGAACGGCCAACGUACUACUCGAUCCCCUCCCACGGCAUCCCCAUCAACGACCUCGACAGCAUCGGCACCAUCCUGGCCUUCUCCGCCGCCCAAAUCUGGAUCGCCUUCCCGCGCCAGGGCAUCUUCCUGACUGCCGCAGAAAUCGAAGAUUACCUCGCCCUCUGGCGGUACGUCGCCUACCUGCUCGGCGUGCCCCCCACCCCCUAUCUAUCCUCCCCCGACGCGGCCCGCACAAUGAUGGAAUCGCUCAUCUUCUCCGAACUUGACCCUUCUCCAGCCUCCCAGGUGCUGGCGAACAACAUGCUGCAGUCCAUGGCGCACCAACCGCCGCUGUACCCCUCGGCCGCCUUCCUCCGCGCCGAGGCGCAUUGGCUGAACGGGCACGCCCUAGCCGACGCGCUGGCCGUGCCGCGCCCGGGCGUCUGGCAGACGCUGCUGGUGGCCGGGCAGUGUCUUGUCUUCAUGGCCGUGUGCUACACUCGGAGGAGCGUGCGGCGUUGGGACGAGGCGGGCAUCGCAAGGGCGCGCAGGGUGUUGAGGAGUCUUGUGGUGAAGGAGGGGAUUGCUGCCUAUGGGGGAGGAGGGGAGGCGAUGCAUGAGCUGAAGUAUGUCCCUUCGCUCGACAGGAUCAUCACUGCUGCUGCGGUGGGGGAGAAGCGGGGUGAUCAGAGGGCUGGGGGGAGAGUGACGAUGGGGGAUGGGGUGGAGUUGCGGAAUCUGAAGGCGGUGUUAGUUGCGUGCGUGGUUGUGGGCUGGGUUGUGGGGCUCGGGGUUAGAGGUGUGUUGGGUAUGUUACAGAAACUGCGGUGAUCCCUUCGGAUUGCCUGGUUCCGGUUGUUCGAGAUCCUGUUGCGGCGAGGGGUCCGGCAGUUACAUUGUGUAGAUCUGAAGGGGCAGGAAGGUGUAACGUUGGUGACGACAGACCUACUUGCCAUUUGCGAAUACACUGGAAACA